AUGCUACCCUUGAGGGACCCGUCAGAUCUCGGGCAGCACGAAGACUGCAGUUUCAGGGACUGUUGUCCCACGCUGUACUGGCUGCUCUGCUGGAUUCCCGUAGCGCUCGUGGCGGCGCUGUUCUCGUGGGCCUACUACGCCUACGUGGUUCUCUUCUGCUACUCCAUCGUGCUCCAGGAGAGUACCGUAACGGCCGCGGCCUUCACUCUCGUCUUCCACCUGCUGCUCUUCUUGUGCCUAUGGUCGUUCGUACGGACCACGCUCUCGGCCCCGAUCGCCGUGCCGCUUCCGUACCAACUGAGCGCUGGCGAGCAGCAAGCGCUGUCCGGCUGCCGCCGCAACGAAAUCGCGUACCGCCGCCUGCUGGACAUGUUGGCCCUGCAGCGCGGUGUGCUUACGGUGGGCGUGGACGGGUGCGUGCGCGUCUGCGAGCCGUGCUGCCUCAUCAAACCGGACCGCUGCCACCACUGCUCCACGUGCCGAAAGUGCAUUCUGAAGAUGGAUCACCACUGUCCGUGGUUCAACAAUUGUGUCCACUUCGGCAAUUACAAGUUCUUCCUGCUCACGCUCUUCUACGCAGUGGCGUUGUCGGUCUACGGCGUCACAACAAUGGGCACCCACGUAGUCAAAAUGUGGCUCGGCGCCACCGCAACGCCAUCCUCAUUUCAUCUGACACUCGUAACUCUGCUCGGAGUGGUGCUGGCGCUCGGCCUGGGCAGCUUCCUGUGCGCGCAUAUCUCCAUGAUGCUGGGCAACGAGACCACCCUGGAGGAUAUGCGGGGUCCCGUGUUCAGAAACCCCGAGGACUCGUUCGACGUCGGCCGCUACCACAACUUCGUCCAAGUGUUCGGUCCACGGGUGUUGCUGUGGGUGGUACCGGUGUUCACCAGCAUCGGCGACGGGGUGAGAUUCCCGACCAAGAUGCACCCUGUGUUGGAGGUUUCACAGACGCUGCCGGCGUUGGCGGACGCUCGAAUAACGCCUCGCGAUGCAUCCCCUGGAAUGGUUCGACCAGCACGGUUGUCUACAGAUUCGCUGCGUGACUCCCGUCCCGCAUCUCCACUAUCUGCUCGCAUGUAGCUGACACUUAUUCAAUACUUCC